UAUUGAAAACUAACCUCAAACAAAUAAAACAAGAAAAAAAAAUAAAUUUGAAAAAUUUGCUUAAAAAGAUGUGUUUAUUUUGCCAAAAUAAUUAAAAACAAAAAAGUGCUAGUGCUUAAACUUCACACAAUUACACAUUAAAAUUUAAAGGGAAAAGGAUUUUGCAUCCUUUUUUUCUUCAAAAAAAAUAAAACGUCAAAAGUUUGAAAUAUAACAAACAACAUGACUAUGGCCGCUUGUUAUGCCAGCUAUGACAUGGCCUCCUUGGCCUCUCAUACCAUGGCUCAAACACAAUCAGCCGCUCUCAUGCAACAUCACCAUCAACAGCAGCAACAACAGCUUUAUCAACAACAGCAACAUACACACCAUCAUCAGCAGCAGCAACAACAGCAACAUACAUACCACACAAGUCAUCAACAGCAACAGUCUAGCAAUAGAAUGUCAACGUUGGCGGCGUCGGCUAACCAAAAUGUCAUGAGCUCCAAUAGCUCAGCUGUUGCCGCCGCCGCCGCUUUGCUAAACUCUACAUCAUCUUCAUCAUCAACAACAAACUCCAAUAAUGCAGCCACAAACACCUCUUCAAAUACCGGAGCCGUUUCAACGGCCAGCCAACAACAACAACGUAACCAAAAUGCCUCUGUAACAGCUUUAACACCCGCCUCACAACAACUCAACACAGCCGUUGCCCAAACGACAACGGCCAAAGACUACUCCAUACCCCUACACGUCGACUGUAGUGUGGAAUAUGAAUUGCCCAAUCAGCACAAGCCCCCAACUGGCCAACGGGUCGAGCCCUUGCUGAUGAUCCAUCCUUGCUAUUUCCGCAAAAUGGAGUCACAACGGCGCAGUCCCUUUGUCAAUAACAUGCCAACGGCGGCGGCUGCCCGCAACACAGCGGCCUUGGCUGGCAGUCAAACACACAGUAAUAAUACACAACAAAAUGUGGCCUCUUCCUCCAGAAGAGCCCGGCAAACUCAGGUUAUACAACAACAGCAGCAGCAACAACAACAACAGCAGCAGCAGCAACAACAUCACCAGCAGCAACAGCAAAGACAGGCUGCUGUGGCUGCCCAACAAUAUCAGCAACACUUGCAGCAGCAACAACUCAGGCAUAAUCACCAACAACAGCAGCAGCAACAGUCGCAGCAAAUGUCACAAAUGUCGCAGCAGGCUCACUAUCCGGUGCAACAUCAUAUCCAGCAACAAACCGCCUCCUCAAACUCCAACACCAGCAACUCCGCCAACUCGAAUAACGCCCAGCAAACCACUAACAGCUAUUUACGGUCUAACCAAAGAUCCUCACAACAAACGGCCGUACAGAACCCACAAAGAUCAAGCCAAAGUCACCUAUUAGUACAACAACAACAGCAGCAGCAACAACAGCAAUCCCAGCAAUGGGAUCAUCUAGCUGCUGCAGCAGCCAUAGCUGCCCGUACUUCCAUGACACCAGCCUAUAGCAACAACACAAACACCAGCAGCAACAAUAACGCCGCAGCCAACAAGGCUCAAAAUGGCAAUGUGGGCAAACGGGAUGCCAUGAUCUCCGGCAGUGGCAUUUAUGCCAGCAAGUCCCAACAGCAGCAACAGCUAUUGUGGAAUUCGGCAAAUCAAGCGGAAAACAUAACAUCCGCCGCUACAGCAGCCACCUCGGCGGCCAAUGCUCUAAGCAAUUCCCAAGCCAAUAUUACAAGUCUUAUGAUGGAUCGCAGUCCUAUGGCUACAGUUCCUAGUAAUUAUCAGGCUGGUCCUGAGGCCACGCCCCUACUCAACCAAAGUUCAAAUGCCGCCAACAACAGCCACAACCCGCAACAGCAGACACGAACCACUACCAGCCAUUACUCAACAGCCACCACAAACACCGCCUCGGCCGCCGCAGCGGCAGCAGCUGCUGCAGCGGCGGCGUCCAUGAGCUCGCACCAUCAUCAUCACCAUCAUGCGGCCGCCAUAGCCGCCGCCGCCCAUCACUCCCAACACUAUCCCGACAAGAUAAGUGGCAAAUAUCGCCAAUAUUUAAGAUCUCAGCGCAUGCAUCCCUAUUUGGCGGCGGCCACUUCAAGUGCAGCUGCCGUGGCCGCUGCGGCCAAUUUACAACAAAGUUUUCCACAAUUCACCGCCGCCACAGCAGCGGCGGCUGCUGUAGCAGCCACACCAUCAUUCCAACAUUUGCAACAAAUUUCCUGUUAUAAUGUGUGAUAAAACUAAAAAAAAAUUAAUUAAAAAACUACACCUACAUAUUUAAAUAAAAAAUCCAAAGAAAUUUUGAAAUUUAAAAACGGCAGCAUAGAAGUGAUAAAAAUGAAAUGUAUAAAAUAUAAAAACAAAAUAAUAGCGGUAAAAAAUACAAAAAAGGCGCAAGGAGCAAAGAGUGAAAAAGAAGAAUAGAGUUUAAAAAAAAAGUUUGUUUUGGUUUUAAAGGUUUAAAAAAAAGUAUACGUAUUCAAAAAAAAAUUAACUAAACAACAGCAACAAAUAAAGAAAAAUAACUUUUUUCUAAACAGCUUUACUUAUUUAGUAAAAAAAACAAAAUAAAAAAUAAACGAAUAAAAAUAACUAGCCAUAGUCAUAGAAUAAAAAAAAACCUAAAACCUCAAGGACAACAAACAAAAUAAAAAGCAAAACAAACUAAAACUCAACUUCUGACAAC